AUGAUCAGAAGGAAGAAAUGUUGCAAGGGUUUCAGAUUUGUGUUUGGCCAGUGUAUACCUGAAGAUACUGAUGUCUGUGCUGAAUCGAGAUGUGAACAGCAAUGUACUGAUAACUUUGGGCGGGUCGUAUGCACAUGCUAUCCCGGCUAUCGUUUUGACAGACAACGUCACAGGAAUCAUCAGUCACCCUAUUGUUUAGAUAUAGAUGAGUGUUCAGCAAGCCACGGGCACCUUUGUGAUCACAAAUGUAUUAACACACUCGGAAGCUACAAGUGUGAGUGCCAAGAAGAGUUUUACUUGGAUGUGGAUGGAAAAUCCUGCCUCAAAGCUAUUAAUAACAGCAGUCAGAUCAAAUCUGAACAUCUGAUGAGUGCUGGCACCUGUUCAGUCACGUGUGAAGAAUUUAUAGACAUGAAGCAGACCCUGGCACAGCUUAAACAGAAGCUUUUGCUGGCAAACCUAGAUAAUUCCAGUGAAAAAAUACUGUUGGCUGGAAAGUGCACAGACUCUUUACAGUGCCCUCUGAAUACACCUGGGCACCCUGGUACGCCCGGCCCACCUGGUCCGCCCGGACAGUCUGGACAUAAAGGCGUCAUGGGGCCGAUAGGACCUCCAGGGUCUCCUGGUAUACAAGGACCCAGAGGUGACAUGGGUCCUAUGGGACCUGUCCCUGAUCUAUCCCAUACCAAGAGAGGAAGACGAGGUCCUGUGGGUGCACCUGGGACACCAGGAAGGAAUGGCCAAAAGGGGGAGAGGGGGCCGCCAGGUGCCAAUGGACUGCCGGGUCCCCCUGGCUCAUUUGACUUUUUGUUGUUAAUGAUGGCUGAUAUCAGGAAUGACAUAAUUGAACUACAAGAACGAGUGUUCGGCCACCGACGAGGUAUUAUCCUAGACACCCUGCCUCUGGAUAUGCAGGAUAUGGGAUCUGGACAAGACACAGUGGAUCCAACACAGUCUGGCAGUCACAGUAGGUGACCAACUGUUCCUAGACUGUUACAUAACGCCUAACUGACUGUAUAUCUCUCUUAGCCCCC